AAUGGAUCUUUAGAUAUCUGUGGUCUCUCUAAUUUGUGUGCGAAUUGCAACGCCUACGAUUUAUGCAUCUUUUUCUAAACUAAUUCUAAUUUCUCACAAAAAAUGCUCUCCUUUAUAUAUAUAUUUAGGCAUCAGUUUUAACUACAUUCAUAAUUUAAUGAAAUAUCUAAGUGGUGAUCGGUGAAUUCAGUGGUCGUUUAUUACAUCUUUGAAUCGAACAUAACCUCUAGAAGUAACGUCCAAAUUUUGUUCUUCCUGAUGUUAAUUUAAUAAUUUUCCACGAUGGUUGAUAAAAUAAGGGUUGGAUCAAAGUUCAAUGUCAUGGGUAAAUAUGACCCUUUUGAUUCUGAUAAUGAAUAUACAGAAAAAGAACAAAAACUUGUUGAAAAAUUAACCAAGAGGAAACAUAAUGACUCAGGUAGUGAGGAAGAAGUAUAUGGUUUUUCGGAAUCAGAUGAAGAUACAGAUAAUAAGACAAAUGACCUCAGUAUAGCUGAUAGUGAUGUAGAAGGUAAAGAAAAGUCAGAUGAAGAUUUACCAGAUUCUAAAGCUUGGGGAAAGAAAAAGAGGUCCUAUUAUGCUACAGAUUAUGUUGAUGAAGACUAUGGAGGAUUUGGUAAUGAUGAAGAAGCUGCUCUUAUGGAAGAAGAGGAAGCUAAAAAUAUACAAACAAGACUUUUGGAACAGCUUGAGGAUGAGGAUUUUACUCUAGAUUUCAUUACUAAACAGAUUAACCAAGAAGAAAAAGAAACUUUGAUAAAAAGUGAUUUGAGUAAAAUGUCAAAAAGGCAAAAAAUACAAUUGCUUGAGAAAGAAAGUCCUGAAUUUGCAGGCCUUAUUGAAGACUUUAAAACAAAGUUAACAGUAGCCAAAGAUGACUUGCAUCCAGUUUUAGAGCUUGUUAAAGAUGGAAAACUCCCUAAAUGUGCUGCAUCAAAAUUCGUCAAAACAAAUUAUGAUCUUAUACUGAAUUAUUGCACAAAUAUUAGUUAUUAUUUACUUUUGAAAAGUCAAAGAAUCAAUAUAUUGAAUCAUCCUGUUAUAAAAAGGUUAUAUCAAUACAGACAAAUGUUAAACAAAAUAGAACCUAUUUAUUUUGAAGUAAUAAAACCCCAAAUAGAUAAAAUACUGAGUGCAGUAAGAAAUAAUUUGGAAUUACAUGUUACUGAACUAAAGUUGUCAAAGAAAGGUGGUAAAAAGCGCAAAUCUACCCAACCAUCUGCAUCAGAAGAAUCGGCAUCUAAGAAACUUAAACUUAUCAGUACUUUAGAAAAAGAUGAUGGUGGAGAUACUGGUGUAUCUGAUGAUGAAGAUGAAUAUGAAUCAAAUGAUUUCUUUGAACAUGUCAGCCAAGAUAAGUCUGUUGGUAAGAAUGAUGAAUCAGAAGAAAGUGGAUUUUCUGACAAUGAUGACACUUCACCUAAUGAAAUGGAUCAUCAAAAUAACCCUUCAACAUCAACUCAAUCAGCAGUUAUUGCUCAAGAUUUAGAGGACAAACGAGAAAUUACUUACCAGAUUGCUAAGAACAAAGGUUUAACACCACAUCGAAAGAAAGAACAAAGAAAUCCCAGAGUGAAACACAAGUUGAAGUACAGGAAAGCAAAGAUUAGGAGGAAGGGUGCUGUGCGAGAACCAAGAACUGAGAUUACUCGGUAUGCUGGAGAAGCUUCAGGUAUCAAGGCUAAUAUCAAAAAGAGUAUCAAAAUAAAAUAACAUUGCACUACAAGAUGUAUUGUAAAAUAUCUUUUUAUUUCAUAAUAAAAAAAAUCUUGAUUUAAUGUUGCCACCUGAAACAACAAAAAAAUUUGAUUAAGUGUUAUUAUUGUAUGCAUUAACAAGUAAUAAAAUAUUAAACCAUA